AUGACACAUGAACUACAUCUAGGAUCAACUGUUCCUGAGAAUCCCAAGAACCAAGGUCUUGCUCUCAAGGCUGAGGAACUGGAGGAUUCAGAACCGGAUGAAGAAGAGGCUGCCACUUUGGUCAGAAGGAUGAAAAGAUUAUACAGAAACCUCAGACCGGGAAAUCAAAAAGGAAGGAACUCCGGAAGAAGAACAAUUGGUUCCAAAUCCGGCCAAGGAUGCUUCAAAUGCGGUGAUCCAGACCAUCAAAUCCGGGAGUGCCCUCGGUGGGAAUAUGAAAAAGGAAAAGGAGAGGAUCGGCUCAAAGAAAGAUGCAACAAACCCACCUUUUCCAAACCCAAAAAGGCAAUGAUUGCAGCAUGGGGAGAUGUUACAGACUCGGAGGACGAUGAUGACCAACCAGAAAAAGAAACUGCCAACCUGUGCCUCAUGGCAAAAAUUGAUGGAACAAUGCAAGAUCCAUCAAACGAGGUAAGUUCCACAACCUCUCAAUCUUUGUCUAAUAACAGGUUAAUUGAAUCACCAAUUGAAACUCUAGUAUUUUUUGAAAAGCUUAGUGUAGUAAAGGAACAAAGUAAUAAGGCAUUGGAGCCCAAUAAAGAUCACAUGACCUACCUAAAUAAUGUUAGAUAUGAGGUACAAGGUAGGUUCUUGGAAUUGCCUGUCAGGAACAACUCUCUUAAAGACUCUUUUAGAAGAGUUAAAAAUGUACAUACUAUUCUUGAUGAAACUAAUAAUGCUAAUGAAGUUCAGGAGACGGAGAAUUUCGAUAUUGGCUUGAUUCGCCUUACAGAUAAUGAUGAGGAAGAUUCUCCAGCGGAACUACAUAAGAAAGAUCAAGGAGAACAAGUAGAAAAUAAUCUGGAAUUUCAAGUGCAAGAGGAACAAGUAGAAAAUAAUCUGGGAUUUCAUGUUCAAGAGGAACAAGCAAAUCAGGAGGUUCCUAUCCGAGAGGAACAAGCAGAAAAGACUGGAGUCUCCGUUCAAGAGGAACAAGAGGGACUCAAAUGGAUGCUCAGGAACAAGCUUGAUGAACAUGGACCAAUAGCAAGGUUAGUCGUUAAACGCCAUAAUCAACAGUAUGUGCAAGGAUCUUACAAAGUAAACAAGCAGAGAGAAGCACGAGAAAAUGAGACUGGAACUGUGAAUGAUCAAGCUAAGAUAAGGAAGCAGGAAGAUCCUCUAAAGACCGAAUCGGUCAAUGAUGAGGAGGAUGUAAGUGAAAAGGAGGAAGAGUCUGUAAAAGUUAAGAAAGUGACAAAGGUAGAGAAACAUGCGAAAGAGAAAAAGGGUGUUCAUAAAUCACCUACAGGAGGGAGAAGGAAUAUGUGGAUUGCUACCAAAGGAACAAAAGAGGCCAUUAAUAUUGAAAAUAAGGAGAAGGAACAAGCAUCCCAACCCAAGGAUGUUGUUCCUAAUCCUAGAGUAGUACUUGUUCCUCCACCCACAGCUGUUCCUCUUGGUUUUUCUGGUUUUGGUGGUUUUAGUUCAUUUGGUAGCUCCUCUAGUUCUUUGGGAUCACAGAAGGAUCCUUCCAUUGUGGAACUCAAGGAACAGGUCAGUCAGCUUAAGGAGGGGAUGGCUAGAAUGAUGGCUAUACAGGAAGGUACGGAUGCCAGGAUCAGUGAGUUGCAAUCACAGGUGGGUGCCUUAGUUUCAGUGAUUAAGGAGAUGGGAUCCGAUCUGCAUCAACUCAACGCUCAAGUGACUACGAGCUCAUCCACAAUUCUACAAAAGCUUGAAAACUAA